GCGGCGGCGGGGACCAUGCCGAGGAAAGUCUCCUGAGCCCUGCAACUUCGGCCCCUCCCCGCCCCCACCCGGGCUGCCCUCCGCGCGGCCCUGUCCAUGUGCAGCCGGCCGGCCGGGCUCUCCUCCUCGCAGGCGGAUGGGUGACCUUUUCCUGGCACGGGCAGGCUGUGCGAGGCGGCGGUGCAGGCGAUGAAGAAGAAGCAGCAGCAUCCCGGCGGCGGCGCGGAUCCCUGGCCCCAUGGGGCCCCUCUGGGGGGCGCCCCUCCUGGACUGGGCAGCUGGAAGCGCAGGGUCUCCCUGCUGCCUUUCUUGCGCUUCUCCCUCCGGGACUACGGUUUCUGCAUGGCCACCCUGCUGGUCUUCUGCCUGGGCUCUCUCUUCUAUCAGCUCAGCGGGGGACCCCCUCGCUUCCUGCUCGACCUGCGGCAGUAUUUGGGAAAUUCCACUUAUUUGGAUGACCAUGGACCACUUCCUAGUAAGGUGCUACCUUUCCCGAGCCAGGUGGUAUAUAACAGAGUAGGCAAGUGUGGGAGUCGUACUGUGGUCUUGCUUCUGAGAAUCUUGUCGGAGAAGCACGGAUUUAAUUUGGUCACGUCAGACAUUCACAACAAAACCAGACUUACUAAAAAUGAACAAAUGGAACUGAUUAAAAAUAUAAGUACUGCCGAACAGCCCUAUUUAUUUACUCGACAUGUUCAUUUCCUCAACUUCUCAAGGUUUGGAGGAGACCAGCCUGUCUAUAUCAACAUCAUCAGAGACCCCGUCAAUCGUUUUUUAUCUAAUUACUUUUUCCGUCGAUUUGGAGACUGGAGAGGAGAACAGAAUCACAUGAUCCGCACCCCCAGCAUGAGGCAAGAGGAGCGCUACCUGGAUAUCAACGAGUGCAUCCUUGAAAACUAUCCUGAGUGUUCCAACCCCAGGUUAUUUUACAUCAUUCCGUAUUUUUGUGGACAGCAUCCCAGAUGCAGGGAGCCUGGUGAGUGGGCCCUUGAAAGAGCAAAACUGAACGUGAAUGAAAACUUCCUGCUUGUGGGGAUUCUUGAAGAGUUGGAAGAUGUGCUGCUUUUACUGGAAAGAUUUUUACCUCAUUACUUCAAGGGUGUGCUCAAUAUCUACAAAGACCCAGAGCAUAGGAAACUUGGAAACAUGACUGUGACCGUGAGGAAGACCGUCCCCUCGCCGGAGGCGGUGCAGAUUCUCUACCAGCGAAUGAGGUACGAGUACGAGUUCUACCACUACGUCAAAGAGCAGUUCCACCUGCUGAAGCGCAAGUUCGGACUGAAGUCCCACGUCAGCAAGCCCCCUCUGAGACCCCAGUUCUUCAUUCCGACUCCCCUGGAAACCGAGGAGCCUAUUGAUGAUGAGGAACAGGAUGACGAGAAGUGGCUCGAAGAUAUUUAUAAGAGGUGAUGCCAGCACUGUGUUGCCUCCAGUGGCUUUAUCUCCCCUUUUCCAGAAAAAAAUUUUUUUUUGUUUGGGGAAGAAAAAUCCUGAAGGGACUAAAUUAAUGCUCGGCUGCAUUAAAAAGAACAAAACAUUCCCACAGGUUGGGGUCAUUGGGAGAUGCCCGGUUUUGCGGGUUUUAUUUGUUUAAUUUUAUUCUGUGUUUUUCCUGGCUCUUUGGGUCCUUCCCAGGUACACACUAUAUGACUCCAUCACAAGGCAUCUCAUCAUGAAAUAGCUUUAUUCCCCUAGUAUAAUGAGAGAGGGUGGGGGGAAUAUAGUCUCUACCCCAGUAACUUAUCAUUUGUAAAGUGACUUGUAAAAAUAUUACCUCAGUGGAAGGAAACAUCCAGACUUGUAUAUUUCAGUAGAAAUACAAAAGCACUUCCAAUACCAGGGAAUCUCCUCCAGAAGGAUCUAUGAGGAGAAGGUAAGCAGAUAAGGACAUCAAAAGGGAGGAUGUCCCUGGAUAAGUGGUUUCUACCCACAUGGGUAAAAGAGUGCCUCUGGUCCAUCUCCAGCAUACUUAUUAUCUCUGAAAGAGCAAGUCAGCUUGUGCCAUGCCCACAACCCGUCCAGAGCCCUGAGUACCUUUUAAGGUCAAAGUGCAUGGCAAGUUCCAUCGAGACAUUCCAUUUCCAAGUCCCAUUCUGACAGAUUUCCAAGUAGAAUGGCAGGGAAAAGAAUUUGUUUGCUGUGUAAGGAAGCAUAUAAGCAAGACAGAUCAGCCCUGGAGGUCAUGUGGCAUAGGAAAAUGGCAUGAGCGUGUCCUUUGCACCCAAUAUGAAACAUUUCUCUCCCCAACAUUGCUUUAACUGAAAACCCAGAAACCAUUUUAGCUCUGACUUUGACCUAGGGCAGAAGUUUUAAGCCUGACCACAGACAAUGCACAGGCUACCAGGCACAUCCCUGGCCAGCUGGGUCCCAUAGUACCUUUAGUCCCUUAAGAGGUACCGGUUUUUGGUAAAAAGGGAUACCAAGUUCUGUGCAGGCAGCAGUGAAACUAUAGUCCCAUUUCUUAUGGAAGCAGCUCACUCCUCAGAACCCUUUCUAGGACAUCAAGAAAAGAAAAGGCAAGAGCGUCUGAGUAAGGGACUGCUUGACCAGCUUUAUGAGUAGGUGUCGGCCUCCAAAGCGAUCUCAGUGGAUGUUGGACAGUGCCAUACCUCCAAAAUAUCUCCUCCUCAUCCCACUCACACCACCUGCCAUCUAUCCAGGAUGCCUUCGUUCCAUCAUUAGAAAUCUGUUUCUUUGGAUUCUGAAAUGUUUUCAUCUUUAAUUAUCCCUCUCCCUCCACAAUAUAUAUAUAUAUUCCUGGGUGGCUAAUAUACAGCCAACUGAGAAACAGGGCUGCAGGAGGUGGUGGCAGGCAGGAUAUGUGCAGCAAGUUUUGCCUCCUCCGUGUUUUCUCCCCUAGAGCCAGCCUUUCAAGAGCACUAGCGAAGUGUGAGUUGGGAAUACUUAAUAGUAAAUAAGACUAACUUUACACAAGCUACACAUUUUCUACUUUUCAGAAACCAACAAGUCUCUCUAGAGUUUUUUCUUCGUUCACUAAAGUUGGACGAUAGCCAAGAUAUAAAGCAAGUCAUUCGGAACCUGUCAAGUGUGCACUAAAGCUACUUUAUCAUGAGAUGUAUUAAGAAGGCUCCACCCCGCAGGAGUCCAGUGAAGCCUGGGACCACAGAGGUACAAAGUCCAGCAUUUGGCCACUUGUGGGCCUCCUUUCUGCCUCAAAGAACUGGGGCAAGGAAGUGAUUAAGGGAAAUGUUCUUAGAAGAGGAAACCUCCUUUGUCCUGUUUAGAGAGACCAGGGCCCUACUAUUAGACAUGCUUUAGAAAGCAACCCAGACAAUAGCUAUCAAAUUCGAAGCAAGAACAAGAACUGCCACCUGGUAUGCUGUGAGUCAUUUCUAUGAAAUUGCAUAUGAAGAAUGAUAAUUAGUUUACACACUGUGCAAUCUCACUAUCUGCAAAUAAAGUUGAGUUGGCUACGAGUUCUCUGCUGUUGUCAGGACAAUUAGUCAUUUAAAAAACAUACCGCUUAGUGCAAGUUCACAUGAGUGCUUCUACCUGUGUGUUCAGAGGCAUUUAUUGUCAGCAGUGAGCAUUAUAACAUCACAACAGAAGAUGCUGACUGAUUUCCUUGCGGGCCCUUCAUGUUAGUUUGUCCUAACAAACAGCCUCUAGGUCCUAACAGCCAGAGCCCGUCAUCAGUGUAUUUGGCACACAUGACAACAUUUCUCUGGCCCUGAGCCCAACACAGUUUGUACUUCAUGAAAUAUAUUGUACAUUUUACAAAGUUUAAUUUAAAAAAUACAUUUUAAGCUGGUUGAUCUUUGACUGCCUUAUUUAUUAUAACCUUUCAGCACAUUCCAAGGUUUUAGUUACUCAGGAAGGAGUUAAUUAAAAUAAUUUUAUUUUGGUCUGAUGGAUGUUUUUUAAAAGGAAAAUUAUUAUUAUGAACCUUCAGCCUACUUUCCUUGAGUGCCGUAAAAGUGCUUGUAAAUCUUUUUUUUUUUUCUUAAGAAGAAAGAAAAAAAUGGUGUUUGACAUUGAUGGAAAUUGAAAAAUAUAUAUGGAACUGAAACAUGAGCUUGGCUAAAAUAAAAGCAAUCUGUUUGAGCUGAA